UGUUGAAACGCACCGCUUCGCGGGUUGACUCACCAGGAGACCGAGCCAACUCUAAAAGUUUCAUUUUUUUCAUUUUACAAAGCCGAAAAACGAAAGGUAAGAAGACAGAGCUGCGCCGCUGCCACCGCCACUGUUCUAAACGAUACUACCACUCACCAAAGCAAAGUGAAACGCUGAAAAGCGGGCUCUCUGUUCCCUCUUCAAUUUUACAAGCCCUAAUUCCCGACACAACGUUUAGCUUUCUGCGGCUCCGUUGCUGGACUCAUAACAGUAAUAUGGCGUCCAUGAUAUCCACUGAUCCUUCGUCCUCUGCCACUGCCCGUCUCCUCCCCUUUACCCGUUUCAGCAACGGCGUCGUUUCCCUUCGCCGGUUUGUGGGUCCACUCCAUGUGGGCCUACUCAACCCUACGUUUCCUCGAACCCUCUCCCUCAACUCUAUUCGUUCUUCCCGGUUCAUCACUGCUGCAAUGGCUACUGAGCAAUCUGCUAAGGUGAUAGAUGGGAAAUCAGUGGCAAAGCAAAUUAGAGAAGAAAUAAGUGCUGAAGUAUUAAAAAUGAAGGAUGCAAUCGGAGUUGUUCCUGGAUUAGCAGUUAUUCUUGUAGGGGAUAGGAAGGAUUCUGCUACUUACGUGCGAAACAAGAAAAAAGCUUGUGAAUCUGUUGGGAUUAAUUCUUUUGAAGUACAUUUACCUGAGGAUGCUUCUGAGCAAGAAGUUCUCAAGUCUAUCUCCGACUUCAAUGAUGAUCCUUCGGUUCAUGGCAUCCUUGUGCAAUUGCCUCUGCCUUCUCAUAUGGAUGAGCAAAACAUUUUAAAUGCUGUUACCAUUGAGAAAGAUGUGGAUGGUUUCCACCCAUUGAACAUUGGUCGUCUUGCCAUGCGAGGCAGAGAACCCUUGUUUGUUCCAUGUACUCCUAAAGGAUGCAUAGAGCUAUUGCAUAGAUAUGGUCUUGAUAUUAAAGGAAAGAGGGCUGUUGUCAUUGGCCGGAGCAAUAUCGUUGGAAUGCCAGCUGCUCUGUUACUGCAAAGGGAAGAUGCUACUGUAAGUAUUGUCCAUUCUAGAACCAAAAAUCCUGAGGAAAUCACAAGACAAGCAGAUAUCAUAAUAUCUGCUGUAGGGCAACCAAAUAUGGUGAGGGGUAGCUGGAUAAAACCUGGUGCUGUUAUUAUUGACGUUGGAAUAAAUCCAGUUGAGGAUGCAAGUAGUCCUCGAGGAUACCGGUUAGUUGGAGAUGUUUGUUAUGAGGAGGCCUGCAAGAUUGCUGCUGCUGUUACUCCAGUUCCGGGGGGAGUAGGUCCCAUGACUAUAGCAAUGCUUCUCUCUAACACACUCAGUUCAGCAAAGAGGACACACAACAUUAAGUGAGAAAUUUAAAGAUGUCCAGGGGUGAAGGAUCCAUUUAACUCAAGUUGUACUUGUGGCAACUGACCCUUCAAUUUCUGUCAGUUACAGCCCCUCUUUUGCUGCAUUUGAGCGCUCAAUUCCCGCAUUAUACAUCCUCUGCUAGUCCUUUACAAAUAAGAAACUUAGAACAAAAUUUAAUUGUAGUGGCAGUUCUGGCUUGCCAUAACUUUAUACAUUAUUCAGAGUGUAGAUCUGUGGUUCAGAGAAUUAGGAUCAUAACAUUUCACAUGAAGCUGCUUCUCAGAGUUGCAAUGCUGACUAGAUUCGUUGUUUAGGAACCUUGCAUGCAAACAUUUAAACUACCAUUUGUUGAUAAUUUUCAGAUAUUACUUUGAGCCUGCAAACUCGAGAGCUCAUUUGUUGCAA